AUGCCUGCGGUGGUCGGAACUACUAUGACUUCGACACCCACUUCGCAAACCGCGAUCAUGGAAUCCUCAACCAACGCAGAUAAGAAACGCAAUAAGCUGGGGUAUCAUCGCACAUCCGUCGCAUGUGUGCAUUGUCGGCGACGAAAGAUACGAUGUCUGGUGGCGGCGGACGACGCUCAGGGUCGAUGUGAGAAUUGUAUUCGACUGAAAAAGGAGUGCCAGUUCUUUCCAGUAGAUCAGCAACCGCCAAUCGAAAAGAAAGCUCGCCCAGGUUCGAACACCGCGUCGACCGAUCCAUCAACCGCCUCGUCCUCCCCGCCGGCAGUGAGCGGGGGAGAGCAAACGGAGGCCUUUUUCCCAUACCAGCCAAUACCGUUGAGUUCCGCCCCCGAUGUUGCGGCGUUCAACGCCGGAGCGUUCGCUGGAAAUUCCAUGACGCCGUUUACGCCAGAUCGCAAUGUAGGGGCUCCUGAGUUCGCAACAGCACCGCCCCUCGAUCCCUCGGUACCGUGGGACGAAUUCACGACGAUCUCAGCAGACGGUCAAAUAUUAGCAAAUAUGUCGGCAGGGAAACCACAGAUGGUGAACAUGCCUUCCAAUGUAUGGAGCCCGGGGCCGAACCCCAUGGCCACCAUGCCACUCGCACAUGGGCUUCCGACCCCGACAGUCCCAUCACAACCGCAGACGCUCAGUCCCGCGCCGACGUAUGCGAUACAACCGGAUGGAUCAGUAUGGCAAGUGCCCCCAACACGACCCAUGGCCUACCCCCCGCCAGACAUGGCUGCGCCGCCGUACCCCAACCCCGGCCAAUUCCAGCAACCUCCCCCAGAGAUGAACUCCGAGAUGGCCAGCCCAGUGCAGCCUUUCCCGGGCAACCACGUUCAUCCGCAGAGCCCUCCCUCGACGGACCUUCAGGGGACGCCGGUGGCAGUAACGUAUGCCGGGGCCCCGCACCAAUGGGAUAUCCCGCCUGGCAAGACGUGA